AACAUUCCGUUAAUCGGCAGUUAAGCGCUCCCUUGAAACCAGCGCCCCCAGUCGUGACUGAAAGUGCUGCUAAAGUCCCAAAGGAGUCAGGCUGCUAGAAAACAAACAAAAUCACGUGCCUGCGAGCGAGCUGACACGGUGACAGUGCCCCUCAGCCUCGGCUCGAUUAAGCGCCGCGGAAAUGCAGGUUAAUGAAUCCGAAAGCUACCUGCUCACCAGCGUCCUUGCCCCCCAAGUCACACGCAAGCGUGACUCCCGACGCCUGCAUCUUUAACCGUUUCUUGGAAUUCUCAACUUAGCCAGCUUCUACCUAGCCUCUCCCCACCGAAGUGACAGCGCCUGGUCAUGAGGCGCCUCUACACUGCUGAGCGCCCGCAUUCAUAAAAAGCCUCUCCUAGAAUAAAGCGGUCGCGAAGCGAGCGCACGUCGCCUAAUCCUCUCGCCAGCGUUCGCCACUUCUUCAGUGUAAAGAUGGCGAGGCUGCUCCGCAGUUUAGCCUUGCUCACCGUGCGCCUGGCGUGCAGGAUGAGGAUUCUGGCUUUUUGGACUCUCGUUUACGGUUUCUGCGUUUUCUGCACCUGCAUCGUGCUCCUCAAACUUGUGUGGAGCGUUGUCAGAAGGCCCAAGAAAACCUUCCAGUGGACUGUCCGAGAGACUGCGCCCGCCUGUUUGAAUGACACGUCCUUGGGCACUCACUGCUACGUGAGAAUUAAGGAAUCUGGGCUUCGUUUUCAUUAUGUUGCAGCUGGUGAGCGAGGCAAGCCUUUGAUGCUGUUUCUCCAUGGAUUCCCAGAGUUCUGGUUUUCCUGGCGUCAUCAGCUUCGGGAAUUCAAGAGCGAAUUCCGAGUGGUAGCUGUAGAUAUGCGAGGAUAUGGAGAAUCUGACAUGCCAGUUGGAAAGGAAAACUAUAAAUUGGAUUACUUGGUUGCUGACAUUAAAGACAUUGUUGAACACCUAGGAUAUAACCGAUGUUACCUUGUUGGUCACGAUUGGGGUGGUAUGAUUGCCUGGUUGUUUGCAAUCUAUUACCCAGAGAUGGUGAAUAAGCUAAUAGUUCUCAAUUGUCCUCAUCCUUCUGCUUUUAUUGAUUAUACUCUACACCAUCCUUCCCAACUGAAGAAGUCCAGCUACUUCUUCUUUUUUCAGUUGCCCAGGCUUCCUGAGUUAAUGCUGAGCAUUAAUGAUUUUAAGGCCAUCAAAUAUUUAUUCACAAGUCAUACCACAGGAAUUGGAAGGAAAGGAUGUCGUCUAACCUCUGGAGAUAUGGAGGCCUAUCUCUAUGUGUUCUCUCAGCCUGGAGCCCUGACUGGACCUCUGAACUACUACAGAAAUGUCUUCAGUUUCCUACCUUUAACUCAACAAGAUGUGAAAUCUCCAGUUUUGCUUCUUUGGGGUGAACGAGAUGCCUUUCUGGAACAGGAAAUGGCAGAAAACUCAAAGUUAUACAUUAAAAACCAUUUUCGAAUUAACAUGAUUUCUGGCGCUAGCCACUGGCUUCAGCAAGAUCAGCCAGACAUUGUUAACACAUUGAUAUGGACAUUUUUGAAAGAAGGCGAGUCAAGAAAGGGAUACAGGAACUGAGUAGGUAUCACUACCAAAGACGAGUUUAUAAAGGUAUAUCACUAUUUAUUGAUAUUGUUUACACAUUUCAAAUAUUUUUUAUUAUUUUUUAAAUGUAAAAGUACUUAUUUAAAAAGCACAUUUUCUCACAAAAAUCAUGUGUAUGAACAUUACACCAUAAAAAAGGUGACACUUUAUAAAGAUGAUAGCAAAUUAAUGUUUUCCACUAAACCAUUGUAAAAUGUAUUGCUUAGGGUCAGUCAGAAGGCUAAUUGGUGACAUUUUUAAACUAUAAAUUCAGGUUAAUUUACAACAGGUAUUUUUCUGGCACAAGCAUAAAUUUAUUGACAUUCUUGUUGUAUUUUAAAAGGUUUUAAUGUGACAAAACCAAGAAAGGUUUACGUGUAUCAUUUCAAGAGAAUAUUCUGAUAAUUAAAUCACUACUUUAUGAUUUAACAAGGCGUUGCUGUAAUGAAGAAUUACAGCUUUAAUUACAGGUGAUAAAAUGUAUUUUCAAAAUAAAGAAGGGAAAAUUGUGUAUGAAAACGUAUUAAUGUUCCUGUUGUUUACAUUUGAUUCUGACACUUUCACAUAAGAGUGUACUUGCUUUCCUUGUACCAUCAUUCAUUCAUUCACUUCUUCCUCAGCCCACAAUGCAUGCUGCUUCCCACUCGCACUAAUAUUUCCAUUUUCAAGGAAGAUACCGACCUGGUGUUGCUGUUUUUAUUUGAGUAAUUAGCAGUCUGUCUUGGUACGUUUGUUACUUUAAUUGAGAGGCCACUGCCUGCAAUUACGUUUUUCUUUUUUUUUCCUAACAAUUUAAAAUGCAUACUUAUCUUAAUGGCCUUUUAACACUAGAAUUACCAGAGCCUACGAAAAAACUCGUAGAUCUGUCCCACCUUAAAUCGCUUCUUAAAUCCAUUUGCACCUCUCCGCCAUCGUCUUUUGUCAUCUAAAUGUGCUGAUAAAAGACAAGUUGCAAGCAGCCGGCUAUUCCAUCCCACCACUGACUUAGAACGUGCACAAACUUCUCCCAGCUCAUGCCUUGAUUGAUUAUCUGGGAGUGAAGUGGAGUUUUAGAGUGGAAAUAAUAGAUCGUUAUUUGGAACACAUACAUUUCUUGUGUGUUCCGUUUCUACAGUAAUCUGUGUAAACACAUUUUUUCAUAUUCUAGUAGUAAAUGAGAAAAUGUAGGCAUAAACUGUAUAAUGUAUGAAGUCUGAAGUCCAAAUAUCAAAGAAACACUUUCACGAAAGGUACAAAUAUAACAGAACAAGUGUGCUUUUAUUCAAAAAUAUAACUGCAGAAAAAAAAGCCGCCUUAGUGUGCGACAUUGACACUCAUUUACUAUGACUGCUGCCGUGGCACAAUGGUAUCAGUUGCUGACUGGGAAACAAAAGGUCACAAUUCCCUUUUGAGCAGUGAACUGCUCUUAUUUUUACUAUUUUAGAAUAAAAAGAUACAUUUGAUUUCAGUCUGUAACAACCAGUGUAAUUUAUGAUAUUUGUAAAGGUUAGCUUUGUUUUUGUUUUUUUUAUUCACUUUUCAUUCUCUCAGUUGCGUUCAGGAUCCUUCCCUACCCCAUCUGACACUGCUGUUUUCACAUAAAGACGCGCUACAGCUCACCCAAGGAGCGCCCUUCCUAUAUUUAUGACAUGUGUACACACCUCUCUGUGCUAUGGUUCCUAUUACACUGAACAAGCACCUGUAAUUUGCAGCUCUAUUCAUUAUCUCAAAACACCACGCACAUUCACAGUAAUUCCCAGUUAUGUCCACCACUCACACCCACGCCCACAACCAUACAGAACUGAUUCCACAUCAGAGAAUUUCCAGUUCCAGCAUAAAGUCACACCCGAUCUGACGCUGUUUGUUUUCAAAUAAUAUUGCAUUAGUGCGAUGAUUUUUUCACAUAUAUUGUCUGUCUUUCAGGUGUGUAAUAGGAACCACAGCAUAGAGAGAAGUGUGUACAUUGUAACAGGUACACACGUUGUAAAUGUAAGAAAGACGAUCCUUGCGUGUGUGUGAACUGUGAACUGUUAACAUUUGAAUCUGAUGAUUGCAUAUAGCGCUGGCUUAUUCAGCGCGCGCAAGAACAUGCAGAUGGCCAGUUGCUGUGUGCUACAACAUGCUGGCGGUGAUCAACGCACAUUUUAAAAAAAGAACGAGACAAAUAUAUGUGACGUUUUGAAGAAAUCAUUUUAUGAUGCGAACAGUACCAUCAGAAAACAUCGUCGAAGUAAUGCAGUAUUAUUUGAAAAUGAACAGCGUCAGAUUGGGUGUGAAUUUAUACAGUACUGGCGCUGUUAGAGUUAGAUCAGAAGCUGAAUAAGCUCCUGUUCUGAUUCUAAGUAAAAAAAGCAUGAACUAAUCAACAGAAAUAACCGUGGUCGACAUUUUAAACUUAACGAUUUACAGUGCAUACCAAUUUAUAAAUUUUAUGUCCAUUUGAGGUUACAAAGAAUAAAAAAACACUUCCUCCCCAGCCGGGAAUCGAACUCGGGUCUCUAAAGCACGCCAAGGCUGCUGUGUUCUGAGUCAGCAAAUCUUAGCGUUACGCCACAGAUGGUGUUGUAUCCCAUUUGAUGUUUGGACGUCAGGCUUCACACAUUCUAUAGUUUAUGCCUACAUUUUGUAACAUUUAUUACUAAAAUAUGAAAAAGUUUCUGUUUUAACAAUGUGUUUACACAGAUUACUGUAGAAACGGAACACACAUGAAAUGCGUGUGCUCCAAAUAACGAUCUAUUAUUUCCACUCUAAAACUCCAGCAGUUUAGUCACUCCCAGAUAAUCAAACAAGGCAUGAGCUGGGAAAACUUAGUGAACGUUCUGCGACGGUGGGGGAUGGAAUAGCCGGCUGCUUGCUGCUCAUCUUAAUCGGCUCAUUUAGAAGACAAAAGAGAGGUGAGAACGGUUUUAAGGUGGGCCGGAUCUACGAGUUUUUUCGUAGACUCUGGUAAUUCUAGUGUUAAUAGUAUACGGUUAAAUUUCACACUGAAUCAUUUUGUAUUUUAAAAUCAUUACAUUAUCCCAGUACUGUGGUGGGCUGGCGCCCUGCCCAGGGUUUGUUUCCUACCUUGCACCCUGUGUUGUCUGGGAUUGGCUCCAGCAGACCCCCGUGACCCUGUAGUUAGGAUACAGCGGGUUGGAUAAUGGAUGGUUGGUUGGUUACAUUAUCCCAAAUCUCUAAAGAACUAAAUGAGACAUGAAAUUGUGAUUUUAAUUGAAGGAGGCUGCAUACUGAACUAAGGCAGAUUGAAGUUUGUUUUUUAAUUCCUGUAAUAUGUGGUUAGGCUUAGGAUUUGCACAUUUGGAGCUGUCUUUGUGAAUUGACCCUUACUCCUGUAUUUAUUAGCAUUUACUCGUUUGAUGAAAGACCUCAAUCAUUAGAGUACUUUACAUGGAUUCUGGGAUACAGAAGAUGGGAUUAUUAUGGGGGAGAUUUUGAAAUUAAAUCAACAACAAGCAGUUAGGAAAUGUGCAGAGGGAUAAACAAAGCUUGGCAAAAGUCUGCUUCAUUUACUGAUGUUUUAGUUGUCUUUUAAGAUUUAAAAUGAAAUGAAUGUGUUGAAAUUUGCAUAUAUUCUUAUAAAGUGUAACCAAAAAUGUGUUUUGCACCUAUUGUAACAUCAGCCUUAAAAACGUGUAAAUGCCUCAUCUACAAAUGGGGCGAUCGUCUCCUUGUGAUUUGUAUUGUGUGGUGCCUUUGACUAUUUUAAUAUGAAAAAUAAAAUUGUGCCAUUUUUACAAAAACUUCUGAGAUUUUCAAAUAUGUAGCUGUCACAAUGGAAUUUUUAUACAACUUAAAAUUGUUACACAGUUGUCUGCCAUCCUUUAUAUUUGUUAUAAAGGAUAUUGUUCUAUGUAUAGAAUAUUGUACUUCAUAUUUGUAAUUUUGAAAAUUACUGAGAUGUUAUCUUUCUGUAUAAAGUGGUGGUUAGGUGUUAUAAAAAGAAAAAAGAAAUUUUGUAUAUCUUUCCACUUGUGAACACACUAAUUCAUUCAUCAUGCACAACCAUUCUAGUUUUUUAUGCAAAUAAAACUGUAUAAAA